AUGGCCGGCGAUGACCGCGGGUCGUGGCUCACCCUGGCCAUGAUCAUAUUCCUGACAUGGUCUAUCCUCAUCUACGGGGUGCGCAUGUGGGCGAAGCUCCGCGUCAAGUCUGUCGGUGCAGACGACUGGGUCGUGACACUUGCUCUGAUCUUGUCGAUAGUUCAUCAAGGCAUCAUGCAUUCGGCCGUCUGCCUCGGCUACGGCAAGCGAAGCGAAAGUCUAUCAGCAGCCCGACUCGACAACAUCAACAAGCACAUCUACGCCAGCCACUACUUUUACAUCAUAGCGAGUGGCCUUACCCGAGUCGCCGCGGCCUUCUUCAUCGAGCAGCUCUCGCAGCACGGGCCGCAUGCCAGACCGGCACGCGUCCUGGCCUGGGUCUCCGGCACCUGGACCCUCAUCUGCCUCGGCGUCAUCGUCGUGCGACCUCCCUAUACGGAGCCAUGGCUAUCCGUCGACGGCGGGUGGAUCGUGUUCCGACGCUGGAGCGGCAUCGAGUGCAGUGGCCUGGUGCUCUCGGCCGCGCUGUGGGGGUUGACCGUCCAUCUCAUCUGGACACUGCAGAUGCGGCUGAGCCGACGCAUCGUCAUCCUCCUCGUCUUUGGCUUCCGACUCUUAACCGUGCCGAUCAUCUUCCUACGCGUGCACAGCCUGGUGCCGAAUGUCAACCCCGACCCCAACUACUCGACCAUCCCGGCGGCCAUCUUCACCGCCGCCGCGCUGCAGUUCUCCGUCAUAUCCACCUCGCUCACCGCGCUCAAGCCGUUCCUCCGAGUCUUCCGCCCGCCCGUGCUAGCCAGCGUUACCGGACGCGCCGCCGGCGAGACGGACCACGGGCUAGCGAUGUUCCGUCGGGUGGACCGCAAUUCGCACCAGCGGUCCGACGAGUCGGCGACGGACCUCUGGGGCAAGACGGUCGGGCUGCCGCCGCCGGGCAGGGCCGUCGUGCGGCGGCGGGACGAGGGGAGGCCGUACUACGGGUCGGCGAACAAGCCGCCGUGUGGUACGUCCCGCGUUCAGAGACGACAAGCGGCGGCCAUGGAUCUUCCGGCCCUCGCGCCCGCGCCGGCCGACCGCAAGCCCGGACAGUCGAAGCGCAUCAUGGGGUUCUCGUGCCAGGCCUGCGGCCGCCGCAAGGUCAAGUGCGACAAGACGAUACCCGCGUGCGCCGCCUGCCGCAGGACCGGCGUCGCGUGCGUCUACGAAGCGCCUGCGCCGCGGGGCGGCAAGCGGCUGGUCACGAGGGACGUCCUCGACAAGCUCGCGCGGUACGAGCAGGUCCUGAAGCGGCACGGCCUACUCGACGCUGCAGAUUCCGGCGUCGUCUCGUCGUCCGGAGACCCCGCGGCGGAGCCCAUCUCGAUCCACUGGGACGCAGCAGGGGGCCGGGAGGGCGGCGCCGUGAUCGCAGAGGAGGGCCGGGCGAGGUAUGUGGACGGGGGCUUCUGGCGCACGAUUGGCGUGGGCGAGGAGCAGCUGGUCUCUGACGAGGAAGAUCAUUACAUCGCGACGCGGUUGCAGAGUCUCGCGGUCUCGGAUCCGCUGUCCGACGCCCUCCUCGGCACGCCCCGCCAAGCACUCGAUUCUCUCCAUCCGACGCCGGAAACGGCCAUGCUCCUGUGGCAAGCGUACGCGGACAACGUCGAGCCCAUCGUCAAGAUUCUACACGUGCCCUCCGCGCGCGCCGUCUUCGAGCGGACCGCUCGCCUUCCCCACCUCGCCCGGCCCGCAGACGAGUGCCUCGCCUUCUCCGUCUACCACUUCGCCGUCUUCUCCAUGACCGAGCAAGCCUGCCUCGAGCAGCUCCGGCAGCCCCGUGCCACCCUACUCUCUUCAUUCCACCUCGCCGCCCGCCAAGCCCUCGUCAACGCUCGCCUGCUCGAGACCACCGACCUCACCGUGCUCCAGGCCUUUGUCCUGCUCCUCCUCCCGCCCCCUAGCCGGCCCGAGGCGCACUGGAUCCUCACCGGCGCCGCCUCCCGCAUCGGCCAGCGCAUCGGGCUGCACCGUGACGGUGCCGCGCUCGGGCUCGCCCCGUUCGAGACGGAGAUGCGCCGCCGACUAUUCUACCCGCUCCUCUCCCUCGACGGGUCCGCCGCGCAGAUGGCCGGCCUCGCCGUCUCCCCGCCGCCCGCGUGGGACGUGCGCCCGCCGCUCAACGUCGACGACGACCAGCUGUGGCCCAGCAUGCGCGCCGCGCCUGCUGAGCGGCGCGGCGCCACGGAGAUGAUCUUUCGGCUGUCGCGGACGUGCAUCGGCGCCGCGUUCGCCAAAACGGGCAGCGCACGCUUCGCGGAGGCGCAGCACGCGGAGGCGGCGAUCGCGGAGGCGGAGCGCGAGGUGGAGGAGCGGUAUCUGCGGUACUGCGACGUGGUCAACCCGCUGCACUUCCUGUCCGCCGCGCUCGCGCGGUCCGGCAUCCUCGCGAUGCGGCUGCGCGUGCGCCUCUCCAAGAUCCGCAACGAGACGGCCACGGAUGAGGACAGGCGAGAGGCGCUGCGGCUGGCGCUGCGGAUCUUGGGGACGGACGACGCGGUGUGCGCGCACGAGCCGGCGGCGCGCUUCCGGUGGCACACGCAGCGGUCCUUCUUCCUCUGGGGCACGUGGGACGCGCUCGCCUUUGCGCUCAACGGGCCGCGCACGGGGGACUUCUCGGAGACGGAGGUGGAUGAGGCGUGGGAGCGUGUGGAGCGGGUGUAUGCAAAUCACGAGGAGCUGCUCGCGUCGAGGCAGCCGAUGCACGCAGCCCUUUGCAAACUUACGCUGGUCGCGUGGGAGGAGCGGCAGCGGCGGCGCGAGGGGGAGACGGAGACGGAGCCGGCGUUUGUGGCGGCGCUGUGGGCGGAGCAGGAGGAGAGGAGGCAAAGACGGGAGACAAGGGCGGCGGGAAGCUCAGGGAUAUUUAGUGAGGUUGAUGCGGAUAUAAUGAGCUGUUCGGGCGGUGCGUCCUCUUCAGAGUCACCGUUUGACAUCAACAUUGAUGAUGCGGAUUGGGCAUUUUGGGAUGGGCUGCUCCGAGGUGGAAUGUAG